CUAAGCGGCAGUAGAGAGCAAACAAAGGUGCCUGCUUGAUCACUAUCAACACAGCGGAAAUCGACGCAGCACCCGCACUGACAUUUCGGACACAUUCUCCGCAAGAGAGACACAGCCAAACAAUAGUAUUAUUAUACGCACGGAGAGGAAAGAAACAGAACACAGCCAGGAGGUUUCUAAUCAGGUAGACAAAGUGCUGUUCAAUAGAGAGGCCCAACUGAAGCAGCAGCCAUGCCAUUCCCGUUUGGCAAGUCCCACAAGUCUCCUGCAGACAUUGUUAAACACCUGAAGGACAGCAUGGCAGUACUAGAAAAACAAGACAUCUCAGAUAAAAAGGCAGAAAAGGCAACUGAAGAAGUCUCAAAGAACUUGGUGGCCAUGAAGGAGAUCUUGUAUGGCACAAACGAAAAGGAGCCUCAGACAGAAGCAGUGGCUCAGCUGGCCCAGGAGCUGUACAACAGCGGUCUCCUUAGCACACUAAUAGCAGAUUUGCAACUCAUUGAUUUUGAGGGUAAAAAAGAUGUUGCUCAGAUUUUCAACAACAUUCUUAGAAGACAGAUUGGCACAAGAACCCCUACAGUAGAAUACGUCUGCACCCAACAGAAUAUACUUUUCAUGUUGUUAAAAGGCUAUGAAUCACCUGAAAUUGCUUUGAAUUGUGGUAUAAUGCUGAGGGAAUGCAUCAGACACGAACCAUUGGCAAAAGUCAUCCUUUGCUCUGAGGAGUUCUACGAUUUCUUCAGAUACGUGGAACUGUCAACAUUUGAUAUCGCGUCUGAUGCAUUUGCCACGUUUAAAGUAAUUUUUACAAGGCACAAGCCACUGAGUGCAGAAUUCUUGGAACAACAUUAUGACAGAUUCUUUAGUGAAUAUGAGAAACUACUCCAUUCAGAAAACUAUGUGACAAAAAGGCAGUCUCUGAAGUUGCUUGGAGAACUCCUUUUAGAUCGACACAAUUUCACAAUUAUGACCAAGUACAUCAGCAAGCCAGAGAAUCUGAAAUUAAUGAUGAACCUUCUGAGAGACAAGAGUCGCAAUAUCCAGUUUGAGGCCUUCCACGUCUUCAAGGUGUUUGUAGCCAAUCCCAACAAGACCCAGCCUAUCUUGGAUAUUUUGCUGAAGAAUCAAACAAAACUUAUUGAGUUUCUUAGCAAGUUCCAGAAUGAUAGGACCGAAGAUGAACAAUUCAAUGAUGAAAAGACCUACUUGGUGAAACAAAUCAGGGAUUUGAAGAGACCAGCACCACAGGAAGCGUAAACCUUCAUUUAUUAACCGAAACUACAGCCGUAAAAUCAGCAACUACUGUUAGAUAUUGAACAUUAAGCACCCUUCAAUUCAUGAGGAGUAUUCCUGCUAAUCUGCUCUUCAAUUAAUGUUUUUUUUUUUUAAUUUUAUAUUUUUUGGGGUUCAAGAUAAAACUGUUGCUUUCUUGCACAUUAGAACACAAUGUGGACUUAUUACUGAAGUAUUUUGUCAUUCAAACAAUGCAAAACAACCUUUUUUGCCUUCAUUGCUUUAUGGAAUUAUUUGCAGGUGUUGAUUUGACAAUAUAUAAGUUGAACUGUUUUAAUUUUGCUUAUUUUUAUUGAACAGAUUUUCAAAAAGUAGCAAGAGUAGUGAUUUUUGCAUUUCAUUAGAUGUUUCCUUUGUACAUAACUCCUUAGACAGCUCAUUUCUGCUUAAGAUAUGAAUUAAUUUGUACAGCAAAUGAAUGUUAUUGAUUAGUAUGUAACUAUUAACCUAAUAUUGAUUUUUUUUUUUUUUUUUUUUUCCCCCCCCCCCCCCCCCCCCCC